AAAAUGAUUGUAUCUUUAGUGUGUGAUCCAGUAAUGUAACUUUUGUUGUUGUCCAAAGUUUCAACUUAUUCUUCCGGAAUGUUUUGAGUUGUGAAAUAUCUAUAAGCAUAGUGAAAAUGUUUUGGAGAAAAUUUUUUUCUUUCAAUUUCAGAUUCAAGAAGUUAAAUUUUUGGAUCGGAACUUUUACCUCUUUUUCUGUAUUUUGUAGCACUUUUUAUAAUGAAAACUCGGAAAAUCUCUGAAGCAACAAUUCGACGAUGUCUUCUUUUACGCCACCGAAAUGCAACCAAUUCGUUUCCUAAUGACGUCGUAUAUAUUUUAUCGGAAAUUGUGACGGAAAUUGUGAAGGAAAUAUUGUACAGAAGUGCUACCAAUGCCGAAGAAAAUUGUUCAGACCGGGUAAUGCUGGAAAAUUUGCACAGAAUUCUACCACAAUCAUUUUUUGACUUUAAUUUGUAAAUGCUUGC